AGUAGAAAAGGUAAGAGAAAUCAAGAAUGGAGUCGACAAAGUUGGGCGGAGCCGCGCCGACCAGCCCGAGAGCCCACUCGCCCGCUUUGCCGAGCUAUUGUACCAGCACGGACGGUAACAUCGAUUACAUCAUCGGCGACUACAUGGAGCGAUUGGGCACGAGACUCAAUAUCCUCGAAACCGAACUAAAGUACGCGUGGAGGGCCCUGGAUUUACUCAGUCAGGAGUACAUAAAAAUGUGGGAGAGAUUAGAAAAAUUGGAAGGUCUUUUGUACGAGCAACAAACGGUGAUAAGUCAGUUGAUCGAGUUUUACGCGAGCGGCGGCGGAGGCGGCGGCAGCGGCGUCGUCGUCGGCGUCGGCGUCGGCGUUGGCGUUGGCGUCGGCGGACACGAGAACGGCACUGAGGUAGCCGAGGAUACGUUGGCCGAUCAACAGGAUUCCGUCGGCGAAUUGGACGCCAUCGCGAAGAGUUUGAACGCGGCAAUAGGAAUGGAAGAGACGAGCGCGUUGAGAGAGAAACUAACUCAACAGGAAUUGGCUAGGAUGCACGGUCUAACGCAGGACAGCGCGACCGCGAACGCCGUGGUAACGGACAUGCACAGGAACGUAAGAAAUUUGGAGACUCUGGAGACGCUCGAGGAGGAAGAGGGCAAUAUACCGGACGAAGCCUUCUAUCGUAGCCUGAACAACGCCUAUAGGGAGGACUUGAUAUGCGGCGACACUUCGAGGCCUACCUCGCAACUCGGUAUGAUAUGGGAGGAGGCCGAGGACGAGGACGUGAACGGUAAAAAGGAAAGCGAGAUCGAUAUCUUCGAGAAGGAUUCGCCGAAGGAAAAGGAGGCGGAGGAAGAAACGUCGACGCAACAGACCAAAGAGGAGAUUCAAGCAUCGGCCACGAAGAAGGAGGACGAGGCCGACGAGGACGAGGGUGAAGUAUUUAGCGCGGCCGAUUACAAAAGCUAUCGAGGCAAUACUCCUUGCGUAAGCGAACAAGACCUCGCUCAACUCUCGAGACUUAGCUCGAUCGACCAGGUAGCUUUGGAGAAGCUCCACGAGCUCGACCGAUUGACCAGUAAAUUGCAAAAGGAUUCUCAAAAUCUGAUCGAACUGCAGUCGCGAUUGAUAGAGUCGCCAAAGCGCCGAUACUCGUCCGAGGCCGAGGCAAAGCUGGCCGAGGAGGCGAGCAGCAUAGACGAGCAAUUGCGAAAGAUCUACGCGGAAACGGACGUGGACAGUUGGACGUUCUCGAAGAGUCCCGGAUCAACGGGCAGAUCUUUGUCGAGGGUCAGUACCGACAGCGGCCUCGCGACCGACGGCGACUUUACCACGAGAUCCAUCUCGCCGAGAUUAAGUUCCGCUUCCAGGAACAAUUUGGACUCGAUCUCGAGCACUUACACGCCUCCUAGAUUGGGAUACAGCUCGGCGGUCCUAGAGAAGAGUCCCGAGCCGGUGAUUCAGUUGCCCAUCGACGUGGGUAACUUCGCCAAAGGCUAUGCGGAGAACAAAGAAUUGACCGAUCUGAUGGCCGAAAGUUUCGCGGCGGUCACCUGCGCCUCGCCCACCAUUUACAGUACCACCACCGACAAAGUACCGUCGCCGACGCUCUCGGUCGGGAGCGUUCACAGCGUUCACAGCGUCCAAAGCAUUCGGACCAGACAAGACGGUUACUUUGGUAGCUCUGCCCGAUUGAACUUGGACUUUCAAGAGAGUAGAACACCGCCGAGCCCCUCGCCGAGCUCUCCUCCGCCUCCGGCGCCGCGAGAUUCGACCGAGUCCUUCCUAAUGCCUACCGCGACGGAGGACGAAACGAAAGGAUCUCAAAGUCCUGGAGGUUACUUGAGGAAUACCGAGAAACUCGUGUCCCUCGAUCAAGGACGGCUGAGCCCGCGUACGCCUCAUUCCCCUAAAUCCCCGAGAGUAUCGCCCAAGCAUCUGACGAAACCGGUCAACGCGGCCAACAUAGCCGCCACCAAAUCCGACUCCGGCUUGUCCUCCAUGAGCGGAUGGAGCAGCUUGGACAAGUCGCCGAGUUCACCGAAGAAUUCGAUCGGCAAAACGUUGACUUCCUAUUCGGCGGAUCACACGAGAACUAACCUGACGGCGUCGUCGACGCAUCCACCGGCAAGGGCUUCUAGUCCGAUACCACCGCUUCCGGAAAGUACGAGCGCCGCCGUCAUCACGCAAGAGCCGCUUUACGAUACACCCGAGGGUAGAGACGCAUUCGCUACCGCCACAGCCACCGCGACCGCACAUUCUUAUUCGACGACGACGAUGAAUCAUUUGUCCUCGUCUUACGCGUCGUCGAUGAAAUCACCGGCUGCGACCAAGGACGAUUACAAUCUCGUACCACCGCCGGCGCCAGGCGCGAGCACCUGUCAAAGUCCAAAGAAACGAACGCGCCAGCAAACGGCCCUUCAGCAUAACCUUCAACAUAAUCUUCAACAUGGGAUUCAGCAUACUUACGAUUCAGUACCAUCGGCAACCGUGAUGGAUUACGU